GCUCUAUAGCUCUGCUGCUCCCGCAGUCCGUUGACAAGGGGGGGACCAAGCGGGUGCUAUCUUUGGGGACCGUCGUCUCUUUCGGCGGCCGCAACGCGACUCGGGUUGCAUCGUCGGCGUGGUUCGAGGCUUGCGACAGAUACUACACACCCACGGUCCUCGGUGGCAUGCGGACUCGACGGUAGCCGCUGCUGGAUUCGGUCGUAGCGUUUUUGGAAGAGGUUGAGAGAUUGAGCGGCAGUGUGAUGUUCGCGCCCUACGGCAGGGCAUGCCUUUGCUGGCUGCUGAUCGUGCUGCCACUGCUCGGGGUUCUCGCGGAAGAAAAAUACCGGUUCUUCAGGAAAUCUGCCAAGGGAAAACACGAUGAAAUAGAAGAGACCUGCAGCCAGCCGUGCCAGAACGGAGGAAAAUGCUACAAGGAACGAUGUGCAUGUACACAUGGUUUCCGCGGACAAUACUGCGAACAUCCCAUGUCCCUGUGUGACCUGCGACGGGCCGGCUUCCAUGGGACGUCCCAGUGCAACCACACGCGGCUGGCCAGCACCUGUGUUCUCGAGUGCAACCGGGGCCUGCGCUACGAGUACCUGCCGCCCACCAAUGUGUACACGUGCAGCGCGGCGGGAGAGUGGUCGCCGCCCGAUCUGCCUCGCUGCGUCGACGAGACUCAGGAGCGGCUCAAGAAGGCUGGUUCGUCACCCCGCCGGCCGUCGAGCGGCACAUGUGCAGUCUGGGGCCGGGGCCACUACCGGACCUUCGACGGAGCGCUGUUCAGCUUCACCAGCCGCUGCCGGCACCUGCUUGCCCACGAGUGUCGCGGCGACACCUUUAGCUUGCAUGUUGGCGACAGCCACUGCUCGAACGACAGCGCGAGCUGCCGACGCAACCUGGACGUCUACGUCGAGGGGCUCCGCUUCGGCUUCGAGUUGGACCCGCCCCGGGUGACGCUGGGCAAUGUAUCCGCACCGAUACCCACCACGCUGGAAGGGCUGCGCGUUGACUACGUCGCCGGAAGGAUCGUGGUUAGCAGCCAGCUGGGAUUCACUGUCACGUGGAACGGCGAAGACUUGGUGGAGGUGUCCGUGGACGCGUCAUUGAAAGGAAGCAUGUGCGGCCUUUGCGGACAGUACGACGACGACCCGACGAACGAUUUCGUCAACAGCCACGGUCGACAAGUCACCUCCAGGUCGGCUUUCCUGGAAAGCUGGAAGAGGAACGAACUAGAAGAGGACUGCGAGGACAUUUUCUUCGACCCUUCCAAGCAGCACCCCAGCGAAGAACUAGUACUCGAAGCGAGGCGGCUUUGCUCCAGGGUCACCGACAAGAAAUUCGCAGCCUGUCACAAGGUGGUCGAUCCGAAGCCUUACGGCAACAUGUGCCUCGAAGAUUAUCUCUCCUGCCGGGGCGACCGCUCCUCGGACUGCAGGUGCAGCGCACUCGCCGAGUAUUUCCGGGAGUGCGAGCGCCUCGGAGGCAAACUUGAGUCCGUCUGGAGGAGACACGACUUCUGCCCCGCUCGCUGUCCGGCGGGCAUGGUGUACACCCAGUGCGGGGCAUCGUGCGCUCGGACGUGCCGCGACCCGGACGCGUCGUGCGAGUCCCGUCCCUGCGUGGACGGCUGCCACUGUCCCGACCGGACGCUGCUUCACGACGGACGCUGCGUGCGCCGGGAACGGUGCCCUUGCUCGCUGCACGCCAGGGAGUACAAGCCCGGCUCGCUCGUCAAGCAGGAAUGCAACACCUGCGAGUGCAGAGAAGGCGAGUGGCAAUGCACCACGAAGGAGUGUCCAUCCCGGUGUGUGGCCAACGGCGACCCCUUCUACUCGACCUUUGACGGCCGGGCCUUCGAAUUUAGGGGUCGAUGCCCCUACUACUUAGUACGAUCGCAGAAUUUCAGCGUCGUCCAGGACAUGGGUCACUGCCACAACGUCAAAGUACGCACCGGAAAAGGCCUCAGCGAGAACGCACUGGACUGUUCCAAGACGUCCACUGUGACCAUCGCAGACAGCACUGUCAUGCUCGCCCACGAAAAGGUAUUCGUGAACGGCGAACAAGUUCAGCUUCCAUUCUCUAGCGACAUCGUGGUCGUAUACAAGCCUUCCUCAGAAGUAACACAGGCCUCGUUCUCCAACGGCGUCGUGCUCCAAUGGAACAGGAGAGGGCGCCUGCACAUCGACAGCCCCGCCAGCUUGAGCGGCCAGCUGCAGGGUCUGUGCGGCACCAACAACCGGAACCAGAAGGACGACUUCCUCACGCCGGCGGGCGACGUGGAAGGAAGCGUGCGAGCGUUCGUCGACAAGUGGAAGGUGGACGCGUCUUGCGACGAGGAGGAGGGUAUCGAGGAGCACCCGUGCGAGCGGUCGCCGCAGAGGGCGUCGCGGGCCAAGACGCUCUGCAAGGAGAUCCACGGGGACGCUUUCAAAGAAUGCCAGCAGCUGGUGGACCCGGAGCCGUACUACAAGGCGUGCCUGCACCAGACGUGCGCCUGCCGAGGAGCGUUGAAGGACUGCGUGUGCCCAUCGCUGGCCGAGUACGCGGCCGAGUGUGCCCGGAAGGGCCGCCUCACCAAAUGGCGCCAUCACGUGUCCCUAUGCAGUGUCAGAUGCCCGAACGAUAUGAGGUGGACCGAGUGCGCGCGGCAGAAGAGCUGCUUCGAAGUGGCGCUGGGCGAGAUGGCGAACUCGACGUGUGUCGAAGGCUGCGUAUGCAAGGACGGCUACCAAAAGGACGAGCUAUGCUUGCCAGCGGACUACUGCCCGUGCUUUUACAAGCAUAAGCAAUACGCUCCGGGCAGCAUGCACAGGAGGAACGGCCAACUAUGCGAGUGUGACAAUGGCGAGUGGGAGUGCUCCGACGAAGAGGGCGGAAGUGGCGGGCAAGUUCCCGACUCGCCGGCGCCCAGCGUCUUCGAAGAGGGCCCCCCGUCACAGCAGUGCGCCCACGACGAGAACUCCGAGUACACGGAGUGCCUGGACGCCUGUCCUGUGACUUGCGACAAUGUCAACGCAGCCGUGUUGUGCGGCGUUAGCAACAACGAGUGCCACCCUGGCUGUCGAUGCAAACUUGGGUUCGUACUGCAGCCUUCGACCAACAGCUGUGUCCCCCAGAGUGAAUGUGGCUGCAAGCACGGCGGUAAGGUCUUCCCGCCGAGCUCGGAGAUCCAAAGGGACUGCAACAAGUGUACUUGCAGCGGAGGCCUGUGGGACUGCGACAACAAGGACUGCCCGGGAGUGUGCACCGCCUGGGGCGAGUCGCACUUCAACUCGUUCGACGGGCACAUCUACGAUUUCCGCUCGGACUGCGAACUGAUGAUGGCCAAAGGGAGAUUGUCCGACGGCAGUCAAUUCGAGGUCACUGUGCAGAGCGUGCCCUGCGCCGCGGGAGACAACGUGUGCAAGAGGACGACCAGGAUCGUUGCCCGCGGCCAGGAGCUGGUUACACUGGGCGCCUCUAAAAAUCUGCCUGUCCGUGAGAUUUGGUCCGGGCUACCUGCUACGGGAGACUACUCUACAUGUGACAGUGUUCACCGACGUCGGUCUCAUUGUGCAAUGGGACAAAGGAACUACCGUGUCUUUGGCCGUGCAGCCUACUUGGAGGGGAAGGGUAAGGAAAUGCUGGUCAAAGGGCUGUGCGGCAACUUCGAUGGCGACCAGGCCAACGACUUCCAGACGCCCUCCGGCGGCGUCGCAGAAGGAGACGCCCGCGUCUUUGGAGACACCUGGAAGCUGCAGGAGGCGUGCCGCAACAACAUCUCGUUCACUGGCGACGGCCACGAGGUGUGCGAGCACAGGCCGCAUCGCACCGUUUGGGCCACGCAACGCUGCGAGGUGCUCAGGUCACCUCUGUUCGAGCCUUGCCACAUGGAAGUGGACGUCGAGCCUUACUUCGAGAGGUGCGUGCAAGACGUGUGCGGCUGCGAUUCGGGCGGCGACUGCGAAUGCCUCUGCACCAACAUCGCGGCCUACGCCCACGAAUGCAGCGCGCAGGGCAUCCACAUCAAGUGGCGGUCGCAGUCACUUUGCCCCAUCCAGUGCGACGCCGAGUGUUCCGAGUACGACGCGUGCAUAUCCGGGUGCCCACCGAGGACCUGCGAAACGCUGGGAUCCUCCCUCGGGGAGGAGAAGGCCGUGUGCGACAACAGCACGACUCCCUGCAUCGAGGGUUGCAGGCCAAAACCUUGCCCCACGGGCUUCGUUUACGACAACGAGCGCGACAUGAACUGCGUGCCCGAGGCGCAGUGUCGGGUGCCUUGCAAGGAGAUCAACGGCCGCGUCUACCUCGAAGGGGAGCGCAUUGAGGACGCCAGGAUAGCGGAACCAUGCGAGUCCUGCUUCUGCCGCCGUGGCAGCAUCGUGUGCACUGGCCACCCGUGCCCCAACACGGAAUCGCCCGUCGCUGUUGGCUGCACCGUGAGCGGCUGGACGCCCUGGCUGAACCCAGCGGCGAAAGCGUCCGGAGACUUCGCCUUGCUGGCGGAUCCCCGCUUUGCAUCCACGUACGGCGCGUACUGCGGUGCCGCGCACGUCGUCGACAUCGAGUGCCGCGUCUCGGCCACCGGACAGGACCUUCUGGGCGCCGGACAGAUGGCCAGCUGCGAACUUCCGCGAGGCUUGUCCUGCUACCACAGGUACCAGGCGGGCGGCGCGUGCCUCGACUACGAGGUGCGACUGCUGUGCGACUGCGAGUACACCGUCACUUCUCCGUCUGUUACGGAAAGCGAGCCAUCGACUGAAGAGCCAACGACACUUUUCGUCCCAGAUUCUUCGACGGCGACCGCUAAGCCGACUACGUCGACGGCAGAAACUACGUCACAGGAGGAGUGCUCGGAAUGCACAGAUGAAGAGACCAGCGCAGCUACCGCCUCCUUCAGUACCACUCCGGCGACUGGUGUCACCUCCUCACCCACGCUUCCGACGACGACGACGAUUUCAACCGAAACCAAAGAGCCCACGGACUACGCCCGCGACGCGACGCCCACUCCGGGAGAAACUACCGAACGCCCGGUUGUCACCAAGCCCGGGCCUCCGUCUCCUGGCUGCGUUUCCCACUGGACGGCGUUCUACAACAUCGACAGUCCGGACAUCGACGACGGCGACGUGGAGUCGCUGGAGGACAUCAGGGAGAUUUUCCCGGUCUGUGACGGGCUCACCAUUGCAGACGUGGACUGCAGGGCGAACAUCGGGGACAACAUGACUGACUACCGUAACACGGGAGACGUCGGAGUCAAGUGCUCGAAGGGCACCGGCCUGGUGUGCCUCAACUGGCUACAGCCUCGAGGAAAGAAGUGCCACGACUACGCCAUUAGAUUCUUCUGCAAAUGCGAUGUGGAAUACGAUGUCACAACGGGUGCUCAUGAAUUCACCGUCACUACUCCGUUCGCGACGGAAGGCAAGCCGUUGACUGAGGAGCCCACGACGUACUUCGUUACAGAUCACCCGGACGUCAACGUCACUCACCCGUCUGUCACUGAAGGUAGCCCACUGACGGAAACGACGGGGACAUAUUUCUCUGCAGGUCACACGGAUGACAGCGUCACUUCACCGUUUACGUCUGAAGGAAAACCGUUUACAGAAACGACGUACUUCACCACAGGGGCCGCCUUGCACACUGUAACAGAAGGGGUUCCUCCGAUCCCGGUUUCAACAUGCUUUCCCGGGUGGUCCCCAUACAUUGACACGGAUAACCCCGACACGGAAGACGGGGAUUUCGAGUUUGUACACUCAUUGGAGAAAAGGGCCUGCCGUGUUGAGGAGAUGAAGGCCAUCGACUGCAAGGCCGUCCGAAAUGAUACCGGGGAAUUGGUCGACUGGCUCGAGUCCGGCGACAAAGGUGUCACGUGUCUCAAGGAGAAGGGGCUACUGUGCUUCAACAACGACCAAGAGGAAGGGAGGGUGUGCCACAACUACAAAAUUCGCGUCUUCUGUGUCUGCACUCCGAGCGAUGGUCAGACUGUCUUCACGCUGCCUCCCACCACGGCCGGUCCUCCGACUAUUACUGAGGAGCCGCUGCCCAAGGACGAAGGUCCGUGUGGCUGGACGGAGUGGAUGGACGCCGACGACCCCAAAACUUCCCCCGAAGACAUGGGUGACUUUGAGAUUCUGGAGGAACUCAGGGAUCAAUACAACUCGUGCGCACCCGGUCACGUCGAGAAAAUAGAGUGCCGCGUCAAGUCCACUGGCCAAGAUUGGACGCAGAGCGGUCAGAGUUCCUUGUCGUGCGACACGACGGUCGGCUUCCGCUGCUACAACAAAUUCCAGGUCACCGAAUGCGAAGACUACGAGGUGCGGCUCUUCUGCGCCUGUCCAAAGCCAGUUGUACCAGAAGACGAGCAGAAGAAAACUACCUAUGCACCACCAACGCCAUUCACAGAGCAACGCGACACUGAUGCCACGGAAACGACGACUAAGAGGUCAUGGCUUACUAAAUGGACAACAGGUUUUUUCGGCGGAGGCACCACAACAACGAACACGGAAACGGCUAGUACUACCGACACAGGAAGGGCUUCGACAACAGAAGAAGCGGAAACGACAACAGAGCCAGCGUUCGAGGUCACACCGCCAUCCAGAUCAGGAAAAACGCUGGCCACGACGGAGGCGCCACAUGGGGAGCCGACUUUAUCCACCAUCUCGGUACAGCCGACUGUGGGACCAACCACAGUUACUGGUGCCACUGAGACAUAUACUCCCAGCGCUGACGCGGCCACCGUUUUCCGUCCUAUAUAUACUCCGACGUUUCCGAGCACUGGAAUUUGUCCCAAGGGGCGCACGUACAGCGACUGCGCGUACCGCUGCAACCAGACGUGCAACGUAUUCCUUCGAGCCCUGGUCAACGACAGAAAGUGCCUCGGAGAAGACGAGUGCGUGCCCGGAUGCCGGCCCACGUCCGGCUGCGAGGCGCCGCACGUCUGGCUCGACUACGACACCUGUAUCGAGGAGGAGGAGUGCAGCUGCUCCUUCGAGGGACAGGUGCUCGGGGCCAACCAGGUGGUAGACCGCGACUGCGAGCGUUGCAUCUGCCAAGACAACGGCGUAGUGUGCGUCACGCAGCCGCAUUGCAGACCAGCGCUGCCGGGACCGCACCUGGUGUCCAAACCGACCACAGCUUUUCCGGUGGUCGUCGAGAAUGUGACAGUAGACGGAGGAGGUAUCUGCGUGCCCGGAUGGUCCAUGUGGUUCAACACUCGAAAGCCGGACGCGCACGGCGACGUGGAGUCGGUCGACGCCAUCGAGCAGACUGGCUUACCGCUGUGCGACGAGCGCUUCCGCACCGAGGUCCAAUGCGAACCGCUCGACAGGAACGUGGUGUUCGAGGAAACGCAUCGCAUCCAGUGUGACAUCCAGAACGGACUGGUGUGCAGGAAUGACCCUGCGCACCAUGACACCCAGUGUCCCGACUACAUGGUGCGCUUUUACUGCGACUGCUACAAGAACUGGAAGGGCACGCCUGUCACCGUUAGGAACCCGACUUCCCCGACAGUGCUGACUACCCCGGCUACCCCGACUACUCCGACCAUCCCGACUACUCCUAGUUCUCCGACUACCCCUACUACCCAGACUAGCCCAACUCUACCGACUGCCAGGACGACCCCGCCAGUCUCCACGAUCCCUACAGCCCCACCGGUGGUGCCAGGUGAAGACUUCACCACACCACCUGACAUAAUCUACGACCAGACAACGAUGAAAUACAGCAAAGACAAGUGCACCAGUUUCGUGUAUCUGGUAAACGGCCCGUUUCCGCUGCCGGACAGCAGCUACAAGGCUUCAAGCAGCGCCAGUCCGAGCUCGUCGCCCAACCAUUCCCGGCUCGGGUCCACUACCUCGUCUACAUCACUCGGUGCGUGGAUACCGCAUCGCCAAGGGAUCGGCGAGUUCAUCGAGGUGGACCUCGGCAGACAGCGAAGCGUGUUCGGCAUCGCCUUGCAAGGACGCGAGCGUACUCAUCAGUAUGUUACUCGGUACCGAGUUCUGGUCAGUAUCGACGGCACGCAGUACGCGUACGUGCAGGACUCCCGGGGCAAAAUCCAGGAUUUCAUGGGCAGCCACGAGUCCAGCGGAGUGUCGAGGCAGCUGUUCGACCAGCCAGUGAGAGCGCGCUUCGUCCGCAUCGAGCCGACCGAGUGGAGCGAACUGAUCGCCCUCCGCUUCGACGUUCUCGGCUGCGCCGAAGAAGGCGGGGAUCACAUCGCACCGGGAACACCUUCGUUCGUGCCCACUACGAAUGCUCCAGAGACGGGAACAGUGAUCGUCCGGAUGUGUCCCGAGAUACCGGAGACCCUGCGAUACUUUUGCCCCAUGUGCUCGGACGGACUUCUCUGCGACGGCGCGAAAUGCGUCCCCCCGACCCACUGCUCGUGCUUCCAAGAUGGACAACUGUUUGAAGUGAAUAGGGCAGUUAUGACGACGCCGAAAUGCGAGAUUUGCAUGUGCACUUUGAACGGCAUCUCCAAGUGCAGGAAAAGUCAGUGCAGCUGCCCAAAAGGUCAACGCUCCUACUUCGACGACAAGUGCCAGUGCAAGUGCGCUUACUGCCCCCCAGGCCAGCGCGUGUGCCCGACGACCAACGAGUGCAUCGACGAAUUCAAGUGGUGCAACGGUGUCAAGGACUGUCCGGACGACGAAGAAGGCUGCGAUGAUACGGAACGACCCUCCGCCAUCUCCCCCUGUACGGAACCGACGAAACCAGCUUGUCCUGAUGGCCAGGAGGCAAAAAUGAUGUCUGACACGAGGUGUCCGGAAUACAAGUGCGUUCCCGCGAACGACGAUGUUGACGUAUGCAGGAUUUUGUCUAACGCUGCUGUGUGCACGGUGGAAGGCCGAUCCAUUAAGACGUUCGAUGGUCAGCGCUUCAUGCACGACGUCUGCGACCAUAUCCUGUUCCAGGACAAGGUGGCGAAGCAGUUUUCGGUCACGGCCCACCGGCGCUGCUCGAGGCGCGGUGCCACGGACGUGUGCGAGACCUGGGUGUCGAUCAUGUGCAACGGCACCUUCGUCAAGCUGGGUCCCACGCUGUCCGAAGUGAGCGUGAACGGGAAGCCCGUGGUGGUGCGCAACCUGGGAGCCGUCAGCAAGAGGCUCGGAGACGUGCACCUGUCCCGCAGCGGACAGCGGCUCGUCUUCACGUCGGUGCGUCACAACUUUGAAGUCGCCUUCGACGAACGCCGCACCAUUAAGAUCUCGGUGUCGGACUGCCUGUCGUCAAAGACAAGCGGCCUGUGUGGCCUGUACGACCGGGACACCAACAACGAGUUCCGCACGCCCGACGACAGACUGCUCAACAACGCACGGGACUUCGCCAACAGCUGGGCCACGUCUGGUGCUGCGGCCGCCAGUUGCAAGCAACCUACGUGUCCCAAGGAAACCCGCGAGAGGGCCCAGAGGUGGUGCCAGAGGAUCGCGACGCCCCCGCUGUCGCGCUGCAUCGAAGACAAGAGCCUGAUAAAGUCAUCGCUCAGCACUUGCGCGGACCAGGUGUGCGACUGCGUGGCCUCGGGCGAUGGCGACGCUAAGAAAUGCAUGUGCAAUGCCAUCGAGGGAUUCGUGUCCACGUGCAAAGCCUCUGUGCGAAGCCAAAUCGCAUCAGAGUGGAGGCUGUCGCUUGGAUGCGCACCCGAGUGCCCGGCCGGAAUGGAGUGGCGCGAGUGUGGCCCUUCGAGCGAGUGCGAGCCAUCGUGCGACAAUGUGCACCGCCCCAAAAAUGGUGCCGCCGACGACUGCCCCGAGGAGUGCGUGGCCGGCUGCUUCUGCCCGCUGGGAAUGGUGCGCCGAGGAGACACCUGCGUGCCGCCCAACAUGUGCCACGACUGCGUGUGUCGAGGCCACGGUGACCCCAACUAUAUCAGCUUCGACGGCCGCACGUUCGACUUCCAAGGCAACUGCAGCUACGUCCUGGCGCAGCACAUCUCUGGCGACAAGGCGCUCGACUUCCAGGUCGUCGGCGUGAACGCUGAGUGCCCCGAGGAGCCUCGUACGACUUGCACCCAGGGCCUCAUUAUAAGCUAUGGCGAUAGCCACGUCAGGAUCUCCAGAGGGCAGAGAGUCCAGUUCGACGAAAGCGAACUUCAGGAUAGAGAUUUCCCGUGGAGCAUGCAAGGAUUCAACAUUUCCUGGGUUCCGGGCCGCACUACCGUCGUGUACGUGCCCGCGAUCAACCUCGUGGUGCGGUUCUUCGAGCUCAACUACGGCUUCAGCAUCGAAGUGCCCUCGUUCACGUACUCCGGGAAAUUGACGGGACUGUGCGGCGACUGCGACUUGGACGAGAGCAACGACCUUCAGCACCGCAGCGGCUACCAAGUUGCCGAGGUGCGCGACUUCGCCUACAGCUGGCUGGUCGAGGGCAGCCCGGAGAUCUGCACUGUGCUGCGCUCGUCGAGCCAGCGGGAGGUGCCUCCGGAGGUGUGCCGGUUCCAGGAGAACGCGUGCGAGCUGUACGUGGAUCCCGUGGCGUACCAGCGGGCCUGCCUCAGUGACGCCAGCUACUCGCGCAACCUGAGUGCCUCGGUGUGCCGCUCCAAGCUGCAGUACGCCGCGCACUGCUGCGCCACGGCAGGGGUGUCCGUGCACCGGUGGCUGCAGGACUCCGGAUGCGAUUUCAGCUGCCCGAAGAACAUGGAGCUGCGCUGCGACACCGGCUGCCCCAAGACAUGCGCCAACUACAAGGAGCCGGAAAGCGCGUGCCCCGUGAUGCCGACGUACUCGUGCUUCUGCAAACGCGGCUUUGUCCUCAAGAACGGCGAAUGCGUCGACACUAAGCACUGCGAGGCCUGUGACGAUCAGGGACACUUGGUCGGCGACUCGUGGCAAGUGAGCUCCUGCGAGACGUGUGGUUGCGGCGAGAAUCUGAAGAUUCGUUGCAGAAGCAUCAUCUGCCCGCCCCCGCCAAUCUGCAGAGAUGAUGAGAAGCUGCAGCAACUGCCGAAACAGAACGGGACGUGCUGCGAGGCCUACCUUUGCGAUGCCAAUUUGAUAUCCUCCUGCAAGGCGCCCGAACCCGUCAUAUGUCCACCAGGUGCCAUAACCAAGAUAAAGACAGACAGCUCCGGAUGCCCAACCCAUGUCUGCGAGUGCGACCCGAAGAUGUGUCCGCCGCUGCAUUGGCCCGUCACCCUCGACCCGGGACUGGAGGCGUUUGUGGAGCAAAAAGGUUGCUGCAACAAGGUGUCCGUGAGGUGCAACCUAAACAAGUGCCCCGAGAUACCCGCGUGUCCGCCUGAGACUGAGCUGGAGAACGCGCCAGGAGAGUGCUGCACCAUCUACAAGUGCAUGCCCAAGAAUAAAUGCGCCUACAUCCACCGCUACAGGGUUGUGAACGGCAUGCAGGUUCAGCUUCAUCCCGAGCAGCGCUAUCAAAAGAUGUAUCCAGUGGACUCAAGCUGGACGGACGGACUCUGCACCAACUGCACGUGCACUGAACACUUCCACCAGUACCAGUAUAGCUGCAGAGUCAAAGUGUGCCCCAGCCAUCAGAAAGACAGUGAGGACUACGAGUACUCGGCGUCCUCGCGCAACGUUGGCGUGUGCUGCCCGGAGGAGCGUCGCACCGCAUGCCGGGGCGGCGGCCAGACACGAUCCAUCGGCGAGGCCUGGGAGGAGCCCGCGGACGGCAAGUGCCGUUCGUACCGCUGCGAAAGGUCGCCCACCACCGGCGAGGCCGUCAAGGUGGUGCUCACGCAGAUCUGCAACAACACCUGCCACCCGAGUGAAAAGUUUGUAGAACCUGCUCCAGGCUCCGGAGAUUGCUGUGGACGUUGUGUACGCGAGUACUGCGAUGAAGGCGGUAAACUGUACCAGGUCGGCGAGACAUGGGUGUCCAAUGUCAGGCCAUGCUUCGAAGUCAAAUGCGUCCGCAAUGACCAUGGCGCCGUGGAAAUGAAGUACACGCUCAGGCCGUGCCCGCCGCUGCCAUCCAACUGCCCAAGAAACAGCAUCGUGCGCGAUGAGACCGGAUGCUGCCAGAAGUGUCAAGUUACACCAGGUCCCUGUGCACCUCGCAUACUAAAAGAACAACAGACGGUGCAGUACUUCUUCCUGAAUGACCCCAACCACGGGUUCUGUUCAAACACCGACGCCAUACCAGGUCUGGCCGAAUGUCGUGGGCAAUGCACUUCGAGCACUGUUUACAAUCCGGAGACAAACAACUUCACGUCGAGGUGCAGCUGUUGCACCAUCACGAAAUCCGUGCCGAGAAAAGUGACGCUAACGUGUGAGAAAGACCAGAAAACCCACCGCAUCCAGAAGGACUACCAGAACCCGACGGCGUGCAGCUGCACCCCGUGUGGGGAGUCGCGGGAUCCUUCAGGCGGCAUAAAAGUGCCCAUACCACUUUAAUGUGGGCACGCCACCGGGCAACGCCCGAGCAUGAGAAUGUGUGUACACCACCAUCAUAACGUCGUUGCUCCUGUGGAAUGAAAGUAAUGGCAGGACCUUCAAAAGCUAUCAUCUAAGCAUCGUUUGUCACGUCAAUAAACAUAUUUGUCACGUCAAUAAAGUUCAGAUUUAUAAAUG